AAUAAGAAAGUAUGGUUUAGUAUCUGCUUUUAACGUUCAUUAUUGAAUUAAUCUAUGACAAAUCUACCUCAUUCCCGAGGAACUUAUUCAUUUGAAUCACAAAAAUCCGAGAUAAACAAGAGGAAAAAAAAAUUUGAUGAUGGAAGUAUAUGUUUUGGUCCAUUACAUCGCUACGUUCACUUAAAUGAUGCAGCAAAUUCACAAAUAUUUACAUUUCUCUUGCUACCACAUCUUUUAUGUGGUUUAGUUAAUUAUGUCGAGACGCAAGUAUUCCAAUAUGCUGAACACGAAUGGUUUGUAAGAUUCGAAAGGACCGAUACUCAUCUAGGUUUUUACUUGGAGUUGAUUACGCAGAAAUCCGAAAAUUGUGAAACUAUGUUUGUAACAUCAUCACAGAUACCAAUCAAUAAAUCAGACCAUAAUGUCACUAAACGUCCAACACAAUGGAAAACUAUUACGUUAGAUUUUGAAUUCACAAUAAAAAAUCGAAAUGUUUUCAGUCAGAAUGAGUGUUUUUCCAAAUCAAAUUGUACAUUUACACAAGAUAGUUGCAGACAUGGACGUAAAAAUGUCAUAGAUUUAUCUACAUUAUCCUCAAAACGUUUUUUAUUUGAUGACGGUAAGUGUAUUAUAGAAUUGGGGUUACGUAACCCACAUAUAUGCAUAAAACUACAAGCAAACCAAGUUGAAGAUCCCACAAACCAUCUGUUACUUAAAAAAGACAGAAAAAGAACUCAUAAUAAUGGUUCUGUUGUAUUAAGGCGAAUGGAUAAUGAAACAAUCACAUUUCCAGAUACCAUUCAUUUUGAAACUGAUCACUUUUCAUAUGCUGGUGAUACAUGGGUUCUUACUAUUGACAUUGAACCAUAUCGUGACUUAUUGAGAAAUUUAACUUUUGACAGUGAUAAUAAUCAUGAUGUAUGUGCAGAUGUGGAAAUAUGCUUGACAAAAAAGUCAGAGCAUAAGACAGAUAAUUACACAUAUUAUAAUGCUGAGAAACCACUUGGAACACAGUGGACACGACUACUGUGUAAUGCCUAUUUACCAGGUGAAUGUCAUACCGGGUUGAUGCAGUUUUUAAUAGGAUCACAAGGAUGGCCAUUGAAAGCACAUUGUUGCAAGUUUGAUGAACGAACAAAUGUCGUAAAACAACAACAGCUAAAACAAGGAGAAAAAAGCCAAAAUAAUAUUUUGAAAUUUAAUUCGUGUGAAUACUUGGAAAAAGGUAAAACACGUACUCAUCAAUCAGCAGUCGCUUUUCUUUUAAGCACAGUUUCAUCAAAAUUCUGUAUCACAUUAGAAAUGAUAUUUUAUGAACGAUUAACGGUGGUUAAUUUUCCUAUCAAUAAUCUUGACAAUUUUAAUCAUGUUGACAGUUGUCUAAUUAUGGAUCCAUUUUCGCUUCCAUGGAGGCUGUUUCUGAAUAGAUCAUCACGUUUAGUGAGAGUAGGGCUGGUUCCGGAGCAGAAACCAGAUUUGGAACAUGAACCAGAAUAUCUGAAAAGCAGUGAAAAAUCGUCAAAAAUACAAAGCAAACAAUCUCACUCAGAAAGGAGCACUAUACCAAGCGGUUAUCUAUAUCUCUUCGGUUGUAAGCUUCGUAUUCCAGGUUAUCAAUCAAACGGAACCAAUACUCGUGUUAUUGAACCAGUUGGAAAAGAAAUUUUACAAAUCACGUGCAAAAAAUCGGAUUUCUAUAACGAAUCGCUGCUAUCUAACCGACUUCGACAUUCUGGAAUAAACGUUCCGCAAAAUAAUUUGAAUAUUCUUUUAAUUAAAAAUUUACCGAAAUAUUUACUCAAAAAUAAUGGUGCUGAACUAUUGCAAAGUUUGUGUAAUACUAGUGUUAUGGACAUAGAUAAUAAAAUAUCUAAACGUUUGUUGAGGAAAGCUAGUCAAAUUAGUAGCGUACAGGUGGCCAUGGAAAUAACAUGUCAAGAAUUAACUGGGUCAAAUAUGGGAAUAUUAAAUCCUAAAACAGGUACUAUUACGAUUGAAAUUCAGUGGUUGUAUAGACAUCAAAUAUACAUCGAUACACUUUAUCAAACAGAUGAAAUUGGUGCCCGCCAAUACCAUCAAAUGAGAAAUGAACUAAUAAGAAUCACUAAAGAGAAGGAUGAGUUAGAAAGACAGCUUAUGGGGUACCGAAUGGGUCUAGUUCAAAUUGAUUCGCGUUCUCAUGGUCCAAAAAGCAUGCUUCCUUUGGAGUUCGUUCCUGGUCUGGUUGGUCAUUCCACAAGAACUACUGUACCAUCAGGUGAAGACUGGCAUAACUCCAGUUGUUAUAGUGAAAAAGCUGUGUUACAGCAACCAUGUUACAGAAUGAACAAUACUGUGUCUAGCUUGAAAUAUGAAUGUAAUAAUCAACAUACAAAAUCACAUGCAACAUCUUCGCCAUCAAACUAUUCUUCAGAUAAAUUGAAAGCAUGUAAACCGUAUGGUUUAUUAUCAACAUGCCAUAUAGAGAACAAUAUGAGCCAUAGUUUGUUAGACUAUGAGUCUUCAGAUGAAUCAGCUCCAAGGUCAUCAUAUCCUAUUUAUCGACCAACCUCAAAGCAACCUAUGAGUUCCAAGUGUGGGAGAAUAAGUUCGUGAUUAAACAAAUCAAUCAUAGUGAAUGUAACCAAUUUGAAUUUAAAUUGUUGUGUAAAAAUGACGAAAUUUACUAGUUCGAAUGAGUGCGAUAAAUUCCUAAUAAUAAAAGCAUACAUUUGACGACUUCGCAAAAUCUAAUAACUUCGAAGUUGUCCUUUGACAAACAUGACUUGGAAUUGUCUGCGUCAGAAAACAUUCAAAUUUUAAAAUAAUGGAACAUACAAGCUACUUUAUACAUAUUCAGAAACGAAUACGUCCAGCAACAAAAUAUGGCUUUCCUUCAGUAAAUCUUGGCAUAAUGGAUCAAUGGGUUGAUCAUUUUAAAAUCAUACAUUCACAAUGUUAUUAGGAAUACGUUUUUAUUGACAUGUUAUCUAAUUAAUUCGCCCCAACUUUUUAUCUUAGAAUCCAUUUCAUAAGGGUUUAAACACUUAUGAAAAAUGGAACCCUAUUAACUGUAACUUGUAAUUAUUAUAUAUUGGUUUUUGCUAAUUAGAUUUAUGGCUAAUUAAUAUUAUACUCGUAGAGUUAUUUAUCGUCUAACUGAAGUACUUACAUUUGAAAGUAUUUUAAGUUGAUGAUAUCGUAUUCAAAUUGACGUUCAUUCUUGUAAUUUUUUUAGUGAAGACAUUUUAGUGCGAUUGUAGGUAUAAAUAAAUGAGGAACCUCAAAUAAAAAUAAAAUAAAAAUUGAGUUUUCUGUGUUGUUAUGAAGGUUAUCAAAAUGACUUGAACUAAUUGAAUAAAACAAAUAGUGCAAGUUAAUAAAUGAUAACACAGUCUACAUUUUGAAACUAAUCUGGUAUCUAAUAAUCAACCUAUUAUUCGAAUAACAUUUAGAUUAGAUGAACUUUUAGAAUUUAAUUAUCUAUUCAGACAAGAGAUCUACUAAAAACUGGUGUCUAUUCACA